AUGCUUGAGGUGAACAUUGUUUCUCCUCCCAGUGAUUAUGUCCUCCCAAAUGACGAGGCAACGGCCGCUGCUUGUCUGACAUAUUUGGUUUUGAAAUCAAUACCUUUUAAUAUACGGUACUUGAAAAACGCAUAUUUUGCCUCUCCCGAUGGAAUUCUCCCGCUAUCGAAUAUCUGUGGCAAUCUCGUUUCUGGAUUUAUGUCAAUGGUGUUCACUCUCAAGACUUUUAAAAGGAAAGUCGAUGUAGAACUUGACAGGGAAGUACUGGAAAUAAAAAACACUCGCCAUAUAUUUUUUUUCUGGGUUGCAGAUAUCUUACGAAAUGUUGCUCUAUACCUAACUUGGAUGGAACCCAACGGUCAACGGCAUACAAGAGCUCAUUUUACUUCCAUCCAUCCGUGGCCCCUAGGUGACUACUAUUUCAAUCGUCAAAGAACUCUCAUUAUGAAAUUUUUAACGGCAGCUAAUUGGGCUUCCGACGAUCUAGGUGAUAUCCUAAAUCGCUUUGAUAGUGCCUGCAAGCACAUAUCCUGUAUGCUUACAGAUGGACCUUUUGUAUUUAAUCGCAAAAAAGCUGGUAAAGUGGAUUGUCUCCUUGCAGCGUAUUUUAAGACGUUUUCUACAAAUGCCAAAUACUUUGCUCUCCUUGCUCCAAUUAUUUCUAAAUAUCCUUCCCUCAAAAAACUAGCCACUUCUGUACGAUCUUUUCAAUGA